GCUGGUGUCAUCCUUUCCACUCAGAAUGACCGACCUGGCUGUGAACAGGGUGGUUGGUGAAAUAAUUCGCUCUCCCGAGGACAAACGGGUUUACAGGGGGUUGGAGUUUACCAAUGGCCUGAAGGCCAUGCUCAUCAGUGACCCAACAACAGACAAAUCCUCAGCUGCUUUGGAUGUCCAGAUAGGUUCAUUAUCGGACCCGGGGAACAUCUCGGGCUUGGCGCAUUUCUGUGAGCAUAUGCUGUUCCUGGGAACAAAGAAGUACCCCAAGGAGAACGAGUACAGCCAGUUCCUCAGUGAGCAUGCAGGCAGUUCCAAUGCCUUUACCAGUGGAGAGCAUACCAACUAUUACUUUGACGCGUCUCAUGAGCACUUGGAAGGAGCACUAGAUAGGUUUGCCCAGUUCUUCCUGUGCCCACUGUUUGACGAGAGCUGUAAGGACCGGGAGGUGAAUGCUGUGGAUUCUGAGCACGAGAAGAACCUGAUGAAUGAUGCCUGGAGGCUGUUCCAGUUAGAGAAGGCCACUGGCAACCCUAACCACCCCUUCAGUAAAUUUGGAACAGGUAACAAAUUGACCCUUGAGACCCGGCCGUCUAAAGAAGGAAUUGACAUCCGUCAGGAGCUCCUGAAGUUUCAUUCUACAUAUUACUCAUCCAACCUCAUGGGACUGUGCGUGUUGGGAAGAGAAUCAUUAGAUGACUUGACCUCCAUGGUGGUUAAGCUAUUUGGAGAAGUGGAAAACAAGAACGUACCGGUCCCAGAAUUCCCUGAGCACCCCUUCCAGGAAGAACACCUCAGACAAUUCUACAAAUUGGGUCCCUAUUUAAAGACAUCAGGAACCUGAUAUGUGACCUUCCCCCUCCCGGACCUACAGAAGUACUACAAAUCUAACCCAGGACAUUAUCUGGGGACAUCCGAUUGCGGUCACGAGGACCCGGAAGUUUGGUUAUCUGAGCUAAAAUCCAAAGGCUGGGUGAACACACUUGUCGGAGGACAAAAAGAAGGAGCCAGAGGAUUCAUGUUCUUUAUCAUCAAUGUGGACUUGACCGAGGAGGGUCUCCUGCACGUUGAGGACAUCAUCUUCCACAUGUUCCAGUACAUCCAGAAACUGCGUACUGAGGGACCUCAGGCUUGGGUGUUUAACGAGUGCAAGGAUUUAAACAAAGUGGCCUUCAGGUUCAAGGACAAGGAGCGACCCCGUGGCUACACUUCCAAAGUGGCUGGUCUUGUACACUACUACCCUCUUGAGGAGGUUCUGGCAGCCGAGUAUCUUUUGGAGGACUUCAGGCCAGAUCUGAUCGAGAUGGUGCUGGAUAAGUUGAGACCAGAACAUGUCAGAGUUGCAGUGGUGUCAAAGUCAUUUGAAGGGCAAACGGACCAGACAGAAGAGUGGUAUGGUACGCAGUACAAACAGGAGGCCAUUACUGCAGAGUCUAUUGAGAAAUGGGCAAGUGCAGACCUCAACAGCAAGUUCAAAUUGCCCAUGAAGAACGAGUUCAUCCCGACCAACUUCGAGAUCUACCCUCUUGAGAAAGACUCUCCGUCCGUCCCCACUUUAAUCAAGGACACUGCUAUGAGCAAAGUGUGGUUCAAGCAGGAUGACAAGUUCUUCCUGCCCAAGGCGUGUCUGAACUUUGAGUUCUUCAGCCCGUUUGCGUACGUGGACCCAUUGCAUUGUAACAUGGCAUAUUUAUACCUUGAGCUCCUCAAGGACUCCCUCAACGAGUAUGCAUAUGCAGCCGAGCUAGCUGGCUUGAACUAUGACCUCCAAAAUACCGUCUAUGGGAUGUAUCUGUCUGUUAAAGGUUACAGUGACAAACAGCACAUCCUGCUGAAGAAGAUCGUUGAGAAGAUGACCUCCUUUGAGAUUGAUGAGAAGCGUUUUGACAUCAUCAAAGAAGCGUACAUGAGGUCCUUGAACAACUUCAGAGCCGAGCAGCCUCACCAGCACGCCAUGUACUACCUCCGUCUACUAAUGACAGAGGUUGCUUGGACCAAAGACGAGCUCAGAGAAGCCCUGGAUGAUGUAACUCUCCCACGCCUCAAGGCCUUCAUACCUCAGCUUUUGUCACGGUUGCAUAUUGAAACCCUUCUCCAUGGCAACAUCACCAAGGAGUCUGCUCUUGGCAUGAUGCAAAUGCUGGAGGACACGCUCAUUGAGCAUGCUCACACAAAGCCCCUCCUCCCGAGCCAGCUGAUUCGCUACAGAGAGUUGCAGGUUCCAGACGGUGGCUGGUAUGUUUACCAGCAGAGGAACGAGGUGCACAACAAUUGCGGCAUUGAGAUCUACUAUCAGACAGACAUGCAGAACACCCACGACAACAUGCUGCUGGAGCUCUUCUGUCAGAUCAUCUCGGAGCCCUGCUUCAACACACUGAGAACCAAAGAGCAGCUGGGCUACAUUGUCUUCAGUGGGCCCCGGCGGGCUAACGGAGUGCAAGGCCUGCGCUUUAUCAUCCAGUCGGAGAAGGCACCCCACUACCUGGAGAGCCGCGUGGAGGCGUUCCUCUGCACCAUGGAGAAGUCUGUGGAGGAGAUGGCUGAUGAAGCCUUCCAGAAACACAUCCAGGCCCUGGCCAUCCGCCGCCUGGACAAGCCGAAGAAGCUGUCUGCGGAGUGUGCCAAGUACUGGGGAGAGAUCAUCUCUCAGCAGUAUAACUUUGACAGAGAUAACACUGAAGUGUCCUAUCUGAAGACUCUGACCAAAGAAAACAUAAUGCACUUCUACAGAGAGCGUCUGACAGUGGAGGCCCCGAAGAGACACAAGGUUUCCGUUCACGUCCUGUCCAGAGAGAUGGACUCCUGUCCAAUAGUGGGAGAGUUCCCUGCUCAGAACGAUGUCAACCUGGCCCCCGCUCCUUCCCUGCCUCAGCCGACGCAUGUUCAGGACAUGACGGAGUUCAAGAGGAGCCUGCCUCUCUUCCCGCUGGUCAAGCCUCACAUCAACUUCAUGGCUGCCAAACUGUGAGCGAGGCCGGCAGGUGGACACGCAGCAGCACGGGAGGCGGGGCCGCCACCCCUCCCCUCCUCCCGCCAGGAAGACUGAGCCUGCGCGUGUGUGUGUGUUUGCGCGGGUGAAUGUGUGUGUGCAUGUGUGGCAGGCUGGAGCCACUAGAAGAGAUGCUUGGAAACAAAUGCGUGUAAUUUGAAUCACAAAGUUAGCCGUGGUCGUCGGCAUAGCUGCGAUAACGAUAGAGGUCACGCCAGACUCUCCUCCAUGUUGUACGUCUCUCAGAGGAGACGCAUCACACCACUGUGUAGGCUGUUGUAGAGGUGAUAGAAACAACCUAUUAAAGAGAAAGAAUAAAAAAAAAAAAGGGGGGGGGACCAGACUCCUUUUAACCAAGUUGUAGUUUGUAGUAUUCAGCAGGAGCUUCACAGCAGGAGGUGUUUUAUUUGAAUUAUUCAUUUCAGACAUGCUGCUUUGAGAAUGGAUAUUUGGUUUAUUGUGAUGACCUGCGGGGCUGCAGAAGGUAAAGAUGGUAGCUCCAUGACGGUCUUCUUUUAUUUGUUGGACUGAUAUGUUUAUCAUGCAACUCUGAGGCACCAGGACCCUCCUGAAAACACCGGCUCAAAAAGAAUAUUUUAUUCAACUGGAUGCUUUUCUGAAGAAUAUUCGCUGUAUUAUCGUUUUUAAUCCUCGCCUGUUUUGAAAUGUCGUUGCUUGUAAACUGGUAAAAUGUUGGGACCCUUUGAGGAGCUGUUUGGAUUUGUUAAUCAGAGAGCGACGCACAUGAGAUUUAUUUUAUUGCAUUUUACAGUAGUAUGUAAUUCAGACCUCAGGGGAACCUCUGCUGUUUUCUUAUGUUUUAACAUUCAAUUUUACUAGCAAUUUGAUUAAAAAUAUAAACACUU